GGCGUUUUCUCUGUGGUUUUCUGUCGUGCGUAUUGUUUAGUAUUCAUAGCUGCGAUCGCGCUGUACUGGUGGUUGUAAGUGUCACCUGCUUGUUCGCGGCUAGUUUUUAUCUUUCUGACUUUCAUUUCCAAAUUGUGACUGCUGCACGCGUAAUGGCUGGCGGAGACAGUGAUGUAGUGUACAAAGUGUCCGAGGAUGAUAAAAGCGACGAUCUGCUUGACGACGAAACGUUGAUAAAGGCAUACAACCGCGCAGUCUCUACGAAUGAGAAUGAUAUAGGAUCUGGCAAACAGGUGACGUCGACGUCAUCUUCUGGAGCGGGCCCCCAUAAACAACAAAAGAAGAAAGGGAACAAGAAAAACGAUGCUCACCAUACUCAGCAGAAAGCACGGGAAUGGAAAGUUGGAGAUUUCUGCCGGUGCGUCUACUCAGUUGACGGACAGUGCUAUGAGGCCAAAGUGAAGUCCGUUGACCAUGACACGUGUGUUGUUCGUUAUGUUGGGUACGGCAACGAAGAGGAGGUAUACCUCUCGGAAUUGCUUCCAUCAGAAGGGAAAUUUGCACGCCAGCGGCAGACUGAGCAGGCCAAGCGAGAAAAUGCACAUGGGUCUCCGGCACCACCAAGUGAAGAUGACCAUAGUGCACCUGCAGCCCACGGUCCUCGAACAAAUGAUAGUUUUUCCCAGUACCAUGACACACCAUUUCAUCCUUCGCACUCACUACCACCGGCUCCGCCACUGGAGCCACUCCUAGGUAGGCUACCUCCGUUUAUGAAGCAGUCCAUUCCACCGCCGCCUCCCAUUGCUCAUGGUGAUCUCCCAAACAACGAGGAAGCACUGGCCUCCAUGCUUAUGUCAUGGUAUAUGACCGGCUACCAUACUGGCUACUACCAGGGCUUGCAAGAAGCAAAGUCGAGCAAAAGGGAAUGUUGCUGCUGCAGAUACAAUAGUCACAAGUGAUUAGCUGGGCUGUAUGUAAAAGCUAAAAGCAGAGCACGCCAUCUUUUGAUUGUUCUUGUGACUUAAUAUUUGCCUAGCAGCAAGCAUUCGAGAAGUC